GUGAGUAUGCGCAGCGCAGAGGGUAACAGGAUACGGACAGAUCUCGAAGGGAACGGCCGCUAUGAUAAUCGCUUUUAGUUAACAUUUUCCAAAACUAUGGAAGCUGGGGAGUUACAGACGGAUGGUCAUAUCGGGUAUGUCCAGGGUGGUGUGGCUGUAUUUAGUACAACAGUGCCUGAGAGCGAAAGCUUCAAGGGUAGGUUGGAAACAUUUGCCACGAAACCAAACGAAAAGGAAAACCGCGUCCUUGCCCUGGCUGGGUUUUCAUACACAGCUCCUGACACAGUGCAAUGUGGCCACUGUGGUCUUCAGCUGCCUCUGACCCACCAGCUCGACAAUGUCCUGCAGGAGCACCAGAGGUCCAAACCCAAUUGCCCUUUCAUCAGCAAACUGUCCAACCCUACCCCAAGGACAGCCCCCAAGCAUCCUGAAUACAGGGAGGCUGCUGCUAGGCUUGAUUCUUUCACAUCAUGGCCGACAGCAUAUGUACCUCAGUCCCCGGAGAGUCUUGUAGCUGCUGGCUUCUACUACAUCGGCUCAGCCGACAGAGUCACAUGUUUCCAGUGUGGAAUAACCUUGAGGGACUGGGAUGUAGGUCACGACCCCAUGACUGAGCACCGAGAAUAUUCUCCCAAUUGUGAGUUCAUCAAUAAACCCGACUUGAACCAACUUGGAGUUGCCCGUAGGGUAAUAUCUGACCUUGACAUUGAUGUUGCCGCAAGUGCAUCAAUUGGUAACCUUGACCUUCAAAGUGAUAGCAGUGGUGUGCCCAAUACAGAUGGUAACUUUGAUGAUGUUGAGAAGGAGGCACGGGAAAUGGGGUUCACUUCCGAUAAGAUCCGUAGGGCGAAAGACAUAUUUUGGAGGAGAAAUGGAAGGUCCUGUGGAACGAUCUCUGAUCUUGUAGACUGUAUCUUAACUCUGGGCAAUGACAAGUCUAAUAAUGAAGAGAAAUUAGCCACCAAACUUCCAUCUGUUGUUUCAAAUUGUCAAAGUACUUUCAGAGAUGAAGCUCAUUUGUCAUCUCCCGUCAAGGAAAUGGUCAAGUCUGAUUCUGAAAUUAAGCCAACAAAAUCUCCAGAUACUAAGGUCAAGAAUGCUCACCUUUUGUUAGAGAAUAAACGUCUUCGUGAGCAGAGGCUGUGUCGAGUCUGUCGCCAGAGGGACGUCUGUACAUUGUUCCUCCCCUGUGGCCAUCUUGUUACAUGUGAAACAUGCGCAGAAGCAGUUGAUGAUUGCGUUCUUUGUAACAAGACUAUCAUGGGAACAGUAAAGACAUAUCUCACGUAGGCCAAAGCAAGAGAUCUUUGAAAGGAUUUACAGUUUGUUUGGGCUUUAGAUUGUCACCAACUAUCCACAAUAACUCCGCCAUUACUGAUUUUCUCACAAGAACAUUCAGUUCAUAAAGGAAUAAGUGCUUGUGCUUAAAAACUGGAUGUCAAAGAUAGCUGAACACUGAGAUUACAGAACACGGACUCCUGAUAUGUGCUGAGGUCCAUAUAUGAAUACUGUCAAGUAGUACUGUUCAUAUAUCAUGGAGUUUGACAUGUUUUUGACAAUUGGUGUGGAAAACCAAAUGGACAUGUCCUUAUAUUUGACUUUCAAGCAGUACUGUUCAUAUGUCAUGGAGUCGGCCAUGUGUUUGACAAGGAAAACCAUAUACAUGUAGACAUAUCCUAUAUUUGACUGGGGUGAUAUGUAUGUAUCAAACUAAUCAAAUCAGAUUCUGUGUGCCAGCAUGAGUGAGGUGUGGAACAAAGGUAGUUCCGAAGGUGCUCCUGUACAAUCACCUUGUAUAUAACACAGUACCAGCGAAGUGCGUUGUAACAUUCCUCACAGAUGCUUGGACUUCCACAGUGAAACAAAGCCAACAUUCAAUACAUAAGUGAAUCCAUCAAAACAUGUAUUGAUAUCUCAAAGAUGAAACUAUGCAUUCUAAAAGAACCCUGUGAUAUGAUUGACAUCAUGGACUUGCUUCUUUGUCAGUUGUGCUGCCAGUAGUAUAUCGCAUUCCUACACAGAGUUGUAGAACUUACUGAACCUGGGAUACUGGUAUUGCUGCCCCAAUCAAAGUUAUGUGAGUGUUCAGCUGAUGUACUCAAAGAUUAGGAACAGUAUCAGAAUCAUAAUAUCUGUUCCUGGACUGUUUCAGUGACUUCUUAUACACAGUUGAAACAUGGAUGAAGACUUGUCAUACUAA